UCGUCCGCCCAUCCGAUACGUUUCCGGUCGUGCCGUUUUCUUACCGCGUCUCACGUCGUUAACCGGUAGGCACGCCGACACUCAACGUCGUCUCACGCCCGUUCGGGCGACGUUUCACAUUAACCGUACGCGUGAACAACGGUACGACGCCGCUGAAACGGCCGGACUUUUUGCGAUUUUCCAUUUCGAUAUUUUCAAUAAUAAUAUCAUUCCGUUGGCGUGUCUCUCCGACCCCUCCCCGCCUCCUAACCACCCAUCUAUAAUCAUCUGCUGUCCGCGUCCGCUCCGGUCCAGUCAAUCGCGUAGUCUUAUCAGCACGCCGAAACGCCGUCGUUUCCGUCGUUUGUUCUCGCCAGUGUUGUGUUCGCUCUUUUCGAAUUUUUUCAUUUUGUGUUCCGGUCAUUCGUGAUUAACAUUCACGACGCUUCGUGAUCGGAUCGAUUCUCGCUGCACCUAAAAGAUACAUUUUAAGAAUUUAAUAUAUAUUUGAGACAAUUUCAAAUAAAAUGCGGGAAUACAAAAUAGUUGUUCUGGGCAGUGGUGGAGUUGGUAAAUCUGCAUUGACAGUGCAAUUUGUGCAAGGUAUAUUUGUGGAGAAGUAUGAUCCAACCAUAGAAGACAGUUAUCGUAAACAAGUUGAAGUGGACGGACAACAAUGUAUGCUUGAAAUUCUUGAUACAGCUGGAACGGAACAAUUUACAGCAAUGAGAGAUUUGUAUAUGAAAAAUGGCCAAGGAUUUGUUCUUGUAUAUUCUAUUACAGCACAAUCAACAUUUAAUGACUUACAAGAUUUAAGAGAACAAAUUUUAAGAGUAAAGGACACUGAUGAUGUACCCAUGGUAUUAGUGGGAAACAAGUGUGAUUUAGAAGAAGAAAGGGUAGUCGGUAAAGAACAUGGAGUGAAUCUGGCUCGUCAGUUCAAUUGUGCUUUUAUGGAAACAUCCGCUAAAGCUAAAAUCAAUGUCAUUGAUAUAUUCUAUGACUUAGUGAGACAGAUCAACAAAAAAAGUCCAGAGAAAAAACAGAAACAAAAAAAGAAGUCGCUAUGCGCUCUUCUUUAAAUAGCUUAAUAACAAUGAUGAAACAACAAUCAAUGCCAACAAUCCACGUAGAAAAAAAGGAAUGUUUAACAAUGUGGUAAAAAUAUUGUUUUAUGAGUCAAUGCUAAAUUUGUUAUUGCUUACUAAUUUUUAUUUUAAAUGGCUAAAUCGACUUUUCCAAAUUGCUUUUGUACUUUUUUUUAAUUUAUAAGUACCUAAUUAUUAUUAUUAUUAUUAUUAUUAUUAUUAUUUUAUUGUUCAUUAUUGGAUAUAGCCAAAAUUGUAAUAUUUUCUGAGGCCUGGAUCUUUGUAAAUACCAUUAAUUAUAAAACAUAUACACAAAUUAACAGCAAUGUGUAAUUGGCCGUUUUUGUUUGUAAAUCUAAUGUGUCAAUAAUCCCUUAUUUUUCUAACUGCAUUUUUUGAAAACAUUACCUUUUCUCUCUAUUUUUGAAAUGUCAUUUAAAAAAAUUAAUAUUCCUAACACAGUUUUCCAUAAAAGUGCCAACAUUUAGUUAAAUAUAAAUUUCAUCUAUAACUAAAAUCUGCUACCUAUCAUUUUUAAAUUUAAAGUUCAUAACUCAUCAAUCAUUUUGUGUUAAAUAUUUUCUCAUUAACAAACGUUCCAAUUAUAAAAUUGUGAUCGUUUUGAAAUUUAUGCUGCCAAUAAUAACUGUUGUUUCUUGGUAAUUUAAAAAUCAGCACAUUAGUUUUAGAUUUGCAAUAAAUUAACCAUGACAUAAUAAUGAAUUAGUUGAAUUAUUCAUCAACUUUGGAAACACCAUAAACUCAAAACUCCCAUGGCAUAAUACAUAAUAAACUGAAAAAAAUGUAUUCAUUAUUCCAAUACUAAUCUUAUUACUAAAUAUUUCUUUUUUCAAUAUUAUUAUAAUAUAUAGCCUGUUUUUUUAAAAAUAUACUUUUUACAUAGUACAUCAACUAUAAAAUAACUAAAUAACCAACUAAAGUAAUGUAGUAUAUUAAAAACUGUUUGAAUGUUAAAAAUUUUUAAUUUCUGGGAUUUGAAUACUUAUACAGUUAUGUUAGCUGCUAUAUAAUUUGUGUAUAUUUGGAUUGAAUAUAAAUAUUGUAUUUAUGUCAAAAUCUAGUCUGAAUAUAUUAUUUUAGUUGGUUUUUUUCUUAAUUGAGCUUAACAUUAUUAUUGUAUUUCAUUAAUUGUUUUGAAUCGCGUUUUCAAUCAUCCAGGGUUAAAAAUAAACACCAGUUAUAAGUAUAAUAGGUCCUGUUAAAACUUGAUGAGUAUUUCCAGAUAUUGUGUGCUCUACUAUCCUUCACAGUCUUAAUUUAUUGUUAUACAUUUAUUAAACUUAUAAGUUAUAACUAUAACAUAAAGACAAUUUUGAUUAUUAAUAUUCUGUUUGGGAAACAUUGGAUUUAAAUUAGUCUUAAAUUAUUUUUUAUUAAAUAGUUGAAAAACUUAUUAUAUUCAUCCAAAACAUAGUUUUAUGUUACUACAUGUUUGCGCAAUGAGAGGCUAAUAGGUCCAAUCUUACUCAUAAGACAAAUUUUUUUCAACUAAAAACAUUGAUCAUACAAUUCCUUAUUUAUGUACCAACUAUGUUUGAAUCUGGCAAAAUAUUCUUUGAUCAUGCAUCUUUUAUUUAUUUAAAUAUUAAAUAAAUGGUCAUAGUUGCCGUAUAUUGUACCUGUACGUAUGACGCACAAUAAUAUUCUUGUGAUAACGAACAAACAUAAUCAUUUAUAACUUCUGUUAUUACAAAAUUUGUACAGUCACACAAGGUACUCAUUUAUAGUUAUUGUGUCGAAAAUAAAAUUUAAAAUUCUUUAUUCUUUUGUCCUUAUAAACAGCAUUUUUUGACACUAACUAAAUUGAUGUUUGUAGCUUAGAAAAAUUUAGCAUUUAAUUAAAAUUCAUUUUUUUUUUUUAUUAUAAUAUAUGUAUUUCGACUUGUUAACAAUUUUCAAUUCUAAUAGUUGUUUAAUAAAUAUUACUUAAUAAACCCAUAAUUGUAAGGAUGUGCAAAUACAUAAUAUAAAUAAAAAAAAAUGUUUAUAAAUAUAUCUUUAAAUAUAUAUAUAAAUAAUUCUGUGUAUGUAUUUAUUAAAGGAUUACAGAAGUGUAAUUAUAGGUACCAUUUAUGCAUUUAUAUAUAUUUAACAUAUAAGUGUUUGUAGGCCAAUAUUUAGUAUAUUCAUUUAUAGUAUGAGCCCUAAUUCCCUUAAUAUUGACAACAACAUUAAUUAUUUUUAAACAAAAUGUUUAGAGUAAUUGUUUACUUUAAUUUAUUUUAUGCUUAUAAAAAACAAAUCAAUGGAACCAAUUUAUAGACAAUAUUAUUGUUAGUAGAAUAGUAAAAUUUUCAUUGGUGGUUUAAUUGUUUAUUUUACUAUUACUGUUUUUUUUCACAUUUUUCUUUAUAAACGUGUAAAUGUUUAUAUUAUUUAUUUAUUUUCUAUCUAAUUAUACAUAUAACAACUAAUUCCAAUUACACAAAAAAAAAUGAGAAACUUUAUAUUGUAUCCGAACUGAUAACAUGUUUAUUAUAAUAUAUUUGAACCAUUAUGGUCUUCUUAAUAAACAUAUUAUUGUAUAUUGUGUUCUUUGUAUUGUUCAAACUACAGGACUAACUUAAUUAUGCAAAACGGAUUGAGUGAUGUUCUCUAAUCGUACUGUAUAAUAUUGUUAAACCCGUUUUAAUGAUUUAUUAUUUAUAUAAUCCUAUUUUAUAUGUCUAUAUACAUACAUAUAUUAUUUUUAUUUAUCAAUGUAUUGUUUAUUUUAUUAUUAUUUAUUUAUUAUUAUUUUUUUUUUACCUAGCUUAGAUUCUAAAAGCAAAUAAUAUGAAAUAUAUAUAUUGGACCCAAGUUACUAAGGAUGUAAAUGAAUAACAAUAAUAAUAAUAAUGAUAGUUCAUUUUAUGUUUUAUUUUAUAAAAUAAUCAAACAACUAGUAGGUGUGUUAAUUGUACAGCACAAACUAGUGCACGAACACCCUACUGUAGUUAAUUUUUUUUGUAUGUUAUGUAAAUCUUAUUAUUUUAUAAAUUAAAUUACACUCAUGGAGAGUGUACAAUUGCGAUAUAAAUUAAUACUAUUCUAUAUGUCUUGUAUUUAAUUACACAAGGUGUUUUAUUCUUAUUUUUAAAUGUUUAUUUAACUAAAUAUUUCAAUUAUCGUAACAAAAGUGUCGCAUUAUUCCUCUCACUUUGAUCACUAUUUAUCAUUGUAUUAUACAUUAAUAUAUAUAAUAUAUUGUAGUAAAUUAUUUUUCAAAAACUCAUCUAUAUACAAAAAAAAAAUAAAAUAUUACACAUACAAUAAAUAAUACUCGUCUAGGUUCUA